AUGGAGAAUGAGCCUGAAGACUUAGCUAGCGACAAUGUAGCAGAGAUUGAUGUGAGUGAUGAAGACAUUGAUGCGGAAGACCUUGAGAGAAGAAUGUGGAAGGAUCGUGUACGUCUCAAAAGAAUCAAAGAACGAACUAAAAGCGGUUCUCAAGCGAAAGAAGCUCCCAAGAAAAUCUCUGAUCAAGCUCAGAGGAAGAAAAUGUCUAGAGCACAAGACGGUAUACUCAAGUACAUGUUAAAGCUUAUGGAAGUCUGCAACGUCCGUGGGUUUGUGUACGGCAUCAUACCUGAAAAGGGGAAGCCAGUGAGCGGCUCCUCUGACAAUAUAAGAGCUUGGUGGAAGGAGAAGGUGAAGUUUGACAAGAAUGGUCCAGCUGCUAUUGGUAAAUACGAGGAGGAGUGUUUAGCUUUUGGGAAGUUAGAUGGGAAUAGAAACUCUAAGUUUAUUAGUAGUGAUAAUGGAAAAUCUAAUGUAACUGAGAUACGGAGGAGAGGUAAUAAUAAGGCUGAGAGGAGGAAAGCUGUGGUUAAUAGUGAUAGUGACUAUGAUGUUGAUGGGACAGAGGAGGCUUCAGGUUCAGUAACAGCUACGUCACAGCCAGUAAGAGAUCAAGAUAAAGGAGAGAAACAUCGGAGAAGGAAAAGACCAAGAAGCAGAUCAGGAACUGUCAAUAGACAAGAGGAAGAACAGAGAAAUAUUUUGCCUGACAUGAAUCAUGUUGUUGUCCCUAUGCCAGAACAUAACAUGAACGGUACUGAUCACCAUGAGGAAGGUGGUUUGGAACCAAUUAUAACCUUAGGAGCAGAGGAGAACGAUCUGGAAGUGAUGGUUCCUGAGUUUGAUAACAACUAUACUUAUCUUCCACUGGUUGAUGGACAAGCGAUGAUGCCUGUAGACGAAAGACCAAUGCUUUACGGACCAAACCCUAACCAAGAGUUGCAGUUUGGGUCAGGUUACAACUUUUAUAAUCCCUCUGCAGUGUUUGUUCAGAAUCAGGAACAAGAUCUUAUAGAAAUGAACGCACAAGCACCGCGUCACAACAACAGGUUUGAGGCCUCAGUAGGUGUACUUGAACCCCAUGGUUUACAUGAAGAGGGUGUAGCAGGAAGAGAUAUGCCUCCUCAGUUUCAGAGUGACAGUAACAUUCUGUCUCCAUUCAUCAAUGACUUGGCGUUUGAUAGUAGCACAUUUGACUCUGGGUUUGAUUCCUAUGGUGCAUUUGAUGAUGACUACUCAUGGUUUGUUCAAAAGAACAUGCCAUUGGCUUAG